AUGUCAUCGUAUAAAAAUCAGUUUAGUGAGAAUUCAACGCUCGAGCACCCAGUCAAAGUUGGUUCUUCAACAAGUGUUAAUGAUGUAAAGGAUACCGAAAUAAAUGAUGAAACAACUAGUUUAUUGCCUCGACAACAAGGAAUUGAAUUAGUCAAAAAAAAGAAAUUUUUUAGAAGAAAUAAUAUUAUCAAAGGUCUUAUAUUGGUUGCUUUCAUUUCGUCAUUUAUAGUACUUUCAUUGGUUUUUAGAAUUCAAGAUCACAUUAAAGAUUAUUUAAAAUAUGUUGAAAUUCAUAAGAAAUAUGGAAUAUUGUUAUAUUUAACUAUUUAUAUUAUUUGUGUCUGGUUUUUUUUACCUGGUAUAUCAGCGGGAUUCUUAUUCAAACCAUCAAUAUUAGCAGGGCUUGUUAUUAUUAUUGGUGAUGUAUUAGCAGCACUUGGUACAUUUUUGUUUGGAAAGUAUAUAUUUUCGGAUUGGGUGGUGACUCAAGUUGAAAAAAGACCAAUGUUUAAAGCUUUAAAUGCUGUGAUAGCAGAAGAAGGUUGGAAGAUUGUAGUGAUGUUAAGGUUGACACCUUUACCUUUUAAUUUAAUAAGUUAUUUCUUUUCCGUGAGUUCAAUUAAUUUAUUGACAUUUCUUUGGGCAACUGUAAUUGGUGUAAUUCCAGGAACUUUUAAUGCUGUAUGGAUUGGAUCAUUGGUUAAAAGUUUGAGUGGAAUCGAUAAACCAAAUUUAGAAAAAAAAGACAUUGUCAUUAUUACAAUGAAUUUUAUUAUUGCUGCAUGUUGUGUAAUUGCAUUGUCUAUAUUGGGUAAAAGAUCUUUAAGAAAGGCAAUGGUGAAAUUAGAAGCUUCGAGAGACACAGAAGAUGAUCAAGGAAAUCCACCAAUAAAUGUUCCAAAACCAAAUAUUGUGGUGGAUGAAGAAUCAAUUCUAAAUUCUAGAGCAGGAAAAUUCACAUUUACCGAAAAAAUUGUUUUGACAGUUAUAAUAACAAUUGCUUUUCUUAAUGUUGCUAUAUGUUUACCUUUAUAUUUUUAUUAUAAAUCAAACGAACAAUAA